AUGUAUGAUUCAGUUCAUCCCGACGUCGAUGAAAGUGGAGACUUGCAUUUAAGCUCCGAUGGCGUCACGGGAGGGAGCAGCGAACCUGUUGAGACACGGCUCAUUGAAACUGAUGAAAAUUCAGAUGAGUCUAUUAGCCCCGAAAUCGAUCAAAGUACUGUCGACUUGCUUUUAGAUUUCGCUGCCACCAUCGGAAGGUGCAGCGAACCGGCUGAGAAGCGGCUCACUGAAACCGAUGUAAAUUCUGAUGAGUCGAUUAGCCCCGAAAUCGAUGGAAUCGCCGAGGGCAUCAUCGGAAGGCGCAGCGAACCCUUCGAGAAGCAGCUCACUGCAACCGACGUGAAUUCGAAGCAAUGCAGGCUUUCCAUCCCUAAAGAAUACGUAGCGGCCGCCGUGUCGCCGUUAUUGAAGGAAGACGAAGAUAUAAGGCGCGGGAUUCCUGUGAAAGUUUACGAUGGCGAGUGGAAAGAGUAUUCGAUGACGUUGAUGCAUUGGUCGAACAAAAUCCAUGUCCUCAAGGAAGGCUGGAUGGAAUUCUGCACCGAUCAUGGUUUUCUCGCGCUCCGAGACUUCGUUACGUUGAUGGUGUUUAGGCACCGUCGGAGCGACGGUCUUUGCUUUCAGAUCACUUCCAGAAGAACGGAUACUGUUGAACCGGUCAAGAAGAGGAGAAAUCUCAAUGCCUGA